AGCUCUCACCGCCUCCCACUAUCAGGCUCACAGAUGCUGACCACAAGCUUGAACCGUGGAUCUCUCCUGCUGAACCUCCACGUCAGAGCGGGACGCACAGAGGCCAUCCAGUGAUUGGUGUUUUUAUCAGAACUCCAGUUUAUUGGACAAAAAGUGACUGAAACUUCUCAGAGAUAAAUCCAGAGUCUAAGAUGGGAAAAUACUACAAUGUCAGUAAGAAUGUUGCCGUUGGACUUCUGGUGAUUGCCGUCAGCGCUCUGGUGACAAUAAUCGCUCUAUCUAUUGCUUAUGAUAAGCAAAAAGCCAAGAAUCAAGGUAAUCCUGGAGAUGACGCAGGUACUGGUAGCAUCUCUGUACCCCCAACGACCCCCUUCACAUCAAAAGAGCCGUGGGACCACUUUAGACUCCCAGACUCCCUCAUCCCGGACUCUUACUCUGUGACUCUAUGGCCCCGGCUGAAGCCCAACGCUGAAGGCAUGUACAUCUUCACGGGACAAUCUGCUGUCCUCUUCAGGUGUCAAAAAGAGACAGAUCUUAUAAUCAUUCAUGCCAACAAGCUGAACUUCACUACAUAUCUGGAUAAGCAUGCUACUCUUACUGGCCUGGGUAAAGCCACUGCGCCGACCAUACAGAGGACUUGGCUUGUGGUGAGGACAGAGUAUCUUGUUAUUCGACUGAGCGGAAAACUAGCAGUGGGAGAAUCCUACAUGCUCCACACAGAGUUUACAGGGGAGCUGGCAGACGACCUAGAGGGCUUCUACAGGAGUGAAUACAUGGAUGAUGGAGUAAAGAAAGUUGUAGCCACCUCUCAGAUGCAAGCAACGUUUGCCAGAAAAGCAUUUCCCUGCUUUGAUGAACCCGCCAUGAAAGCAGUUUUUAAUGUCACCAUCAUCCACGACCCAGGCACCAAGGCUCUCUCCAACAGCAAGGAGAUGGAUUCUUCCGACGCCAUCCUGGAUAACAUUCCUGUCAAAGUUACAACAUUUGAGCCAACUGAGAAAAUGUCCACCUACCUGUUGGCCUUCAUCGUCUGUGAUUUUGAUUCCAUCGUCUCACAGGAAAGCAAGUUUUUGAUUCGAAUCUGGGCACAAAGAAAAGCCAUCGGUAGCAAGCAGGGCGAAUACGCUCUCAAUGUAACAGGACCAAUCCUUCAGUUCUAUGAGAAAUAUUACAACACAACUUAUCCACUCUCUAAGUCAGAUCAGAUAGCUCUUCCGGAUUUUCAUGCUGGAGCGAUGGAAAACUGGGGUUUGGUGACAUAUAGGGAAACGGCCCUGCUGUAUGACCCCGUGCUUUCCUCUACAGGAAACAAAGAGAGGGUCGUUUCUGUCAUCUCCCAUGAGCUCGCUCACAUGUGGUUUGGUAACUUGGUGACCUUAGGUUGGUGGAAUGACCUGUGGUUGAAUGAGGGCUUUGCUUCAUAUGUGGAAUACCUUGGGAUUGAUUAUGUUGAGCCCACCUGGAACAUUAGGGACCAAAUCAUUCUGUAUGACAUGCAAAAGGUGUUUGCCAUAGACGCCCUGGCCUCUUCUCACCCGCUGUCCCGUAAAGAAGAGGAGGUUAAUGAGCCAAGUGAGAUCAGUGAGAUGUUCAACACCAUCUCCUACAGCAAGGGUGCAGCAGUGCUGAGGAUGCUGUCAGAGUUUCUCACCGAGGAUGUGUUUGCCAAAGGACUCAGUUCAUACCUCAACACCUUUGCCUUUGGCAACACAGAGUAUAAAGACCUGUGGGAUCAUCUCCAGCAGGCAGUUGAAAACACGCCAGAUCUGAGUAUUCCACGAUCUGUACAUGACAUCAUGAGUCGCUGGAUUCUCCAAAUGGGCUUCCCAGUGGUCACGAUUAACACCACAACAGGAGGGGUCAGCCAAAAACACUUUCUGUUGGACUCGGAUUCUAAAGUGGACAUGCCGUCCCAAUUCAAUUAUACAUGGUUUGUCCCGAUUAAGUGGAUGAAGAAUGGCAUGGAUCAGCAACAAUAUUGGCUUCUUAUGGAAAAAGACACCAACGCUGAGAUGAGAGUUUCAGGAAAUGAAUGGGUGCUAGCGAACACAAACGUGUCAGGUUACUUCAGGGUUAACUAUGAUGAAGGCAACUGGGAUCGUCUCCUAUCUCUGCUUAACACCAGCCACCUGACUCUGUCUGUUUUGAAUCGAGCACAGAUCAUUGAUGAUGCGUUCAACCUGGCAAGGGCAAAAAUAAUCCCAACAACAAUGGCCCUGAGAACAACAGAAUACCUUUUAAAAGAGAGAGACUAUAUCCCCUGGGCGUCAGCUCUGAGAAACCUGGACUACUAUAUCCUCAUGUUUGACCGCACUGAGGUCUACGGAGUCUUACAGGCCUACCUUAAAAAACAAAUCGAACCCCUUUUCGAGUACUUUCGAACGCUCACCUCCAACUGGACUCAAAUCCCUGUUGGACACACGGACCAGUAUAAUCAGAUCAAUGCUCUCAGGAUAGCAUGUGGUGUGGGUGUGGAGGGCUGCAGGGAGCUGAUCAACAACUGGUUCAGACAGUGGAUGGAAAAUCCAGGUCACAAUCCGAUCCAUCCCAACUUGAAAGGCACAGUUUACUGUAGCGCCUUAGCCUUUGGGGGAGCCAAGGAGUGGGACUUCGCCUGGCGAAUGUUUAAGAACACCACUCUGGCAUCGGAAGCAUCCAGACUCAGGUCGGCUAUGGCCUGCACCAAAAUACCGUGGCUUUUGAACAGAUAUUUGGAAUACACCCUCGACCCGACCAAGAUCCGAAAACAAGACGCCACCUCCACCAUCCAGAACAUCGCUUACAACGUUGUAGGAAUGCCCCUGGCCUGGAACUUUGUCCGAGCAAAAUGGAGCCACAUCUUCCAAGAGUAUGGAAAAGGAUCGUUUUCCUUCCCUAAUCUCAUAAGUGGAAUCACAGUGAGGUUUUCCACAGAGUUUGAGUUGCAGGAGCUGAAGAAAUUCAAAGAAGAUAACCGCCAGCUUGGUUUUGGCUCGGCUACCAUGGCCCUGGUGCAAGCUAUUGAAAAAACGACAGCCAACAUAAAAUGGGUGGCAGAAAACAAAGAUAAAGUUCUUGAGUGGCUUUCUGAGAAGACAGUGGCGGGAAAUUUCAGAUGAUGCUCUGCUUUUGUAUAGUCUGGAUUGUAUGAUGUUUGAAAGAAAGAAUAAUAGAAAUCAAGCAAAACAAGAAGAUGCACAAAUAUU